UGGAGGGAGGGGGAAUAAUGGCGUUGAUUAGAGACAGUGCUGUGAUCGGGUUACACAGGCGGAGCGGGAGAAAAGCAGGACAUUCACCGCGCGUUAGACACUAAAUGUGUUCCGAGAGACACGCGUUUAAAACUGUCACACAAAGACACGGAUUUUGUUGUUUGUGCGCUUGAUGUGAGCAGGGGAUUAGUAGCGUGAGGUGUUGGAUUGCUAAUGCGCGUGCUCGAUAAACAAAAAAAAGAGAAAAAGAAAGAAAGAAGAAGAAGAAAGCUGCCUGUGACUUAAGCAGAGAGGAAUGAUCUUCAUUACAGCGGCUGUCAUGUCCUUCUUCUGGGGCUGGCUUUAAAAACAAGACCGUUCCCAGUCCUGAGUGUGUGUGUGUGUGUGUGUGAGAGAGAGAGAGAGAGUGUGAGUGUGUGUGUGUGUGUGUGUUUACGUGCUGCAGCUGCAGGUUUGGGUCAAAGCCAGGAGCAGAACCAGAGCACAGAUUUCACCAGGAGGAGGACAUCAUCAUCAUCAUCAUCAUCAGUACUGUGAUCCUAAUGAAAGCAGAUGACCAUGCAUCUUCAGCGCGGUGUGUGUGAGAGCUCCAUCCCUGCUCAGCAACAUCAGCAGCAGCUGGAUCUGUAGAAGAAGAAGGAGGUCCAGGAGGAGGAGUUCCAGGAGACGAAGCUCCAGGAGGUGAAGGUCCAGAAGGAGAAGGUCCAGAAGGAGGAGGUCUGGGAGAAGGAGGUCCUGGAGAAAGUCAAGGAGAAGGAGGUCUGGCAAAAGGAGGUCCUGGAGGAGGUCCAGGAGGAGCUUUAAUUUUCACCAUCGUCUUGUGUGUUAUACCCUAAAACCAUGGUAAAUUUAGAUUAGGUCUUCAUACCGUGAAGAAAGAGGAGAAGGUGGUCCAGGAGAAGGUCCAGGAGGAGCUCCAUGAUGUUCUCAGUGCGCAUUGUGUGUGCAGAUUAUUACCUGUCCAGGCCUCUGCAGCUGCUGGACGUGUGUUUCUCUCAGUUCAGAGACGCAGAGGUGCACAGAGUGCCUGUAGUGCGGAUAUUCGGAGCCACACCGGCAGGUCAGAAGACGUGUCUGCACGUGCACGGCGUGUUCCCGUACAUCUACGUGCCCUACGAUGGGUUUGGGCAGGAGCCGGAGCGUUACCUGCGACAGGUAGCCUUCAGCAUCGACCGCGCCGUCAACGUCAGCAUGGGGAACCCGUCCUCACACACACAGCACGUCUUCAAGGUCACACUCGUCUCCGGCAUGCCGUUCUAUGGGUUCCACCCUCAGGAGAAGCCAUUUAUGAAGAUUUACCUCUACAACCCUCAGAUGGUUAAAAGAGUGUGUGAGCUGCUGCAGGGCGGAGCUGUGAUGAAUAAGUGUUUCCAGCCUCAUGAAGCUCACAUCCCGUUCCUGCUGCAGUUCUUCAUCGACUUCAACCUGUACGGCAUGAACCUCAUCCACCUGUCAGCGGUGCGCUUCAGACGCCACACACCAGAUCCCGGUGAGCAGCGUAAGACUCCUGUAGAGGAUGACGGUUCACUGAAAAGCUCCAGACUCAGUGAGAGUGUGUUGGGAGGAACGUUUGCUCGGUGGGAUGAGAAUAAUUUACCCAGCUCUCUGGUGUUGGAGGACGUGGAGAGGGUGAGUGUGUGUGAGCUGGAGGCCGACGCUGUAGCAGCAGACAUCCUGAACCGACUGGAGCUCGAGAAUCAGAUCGGAAGGAAUCCCGGCCUGCAGGCCAUCUGGGAAGACGAGAAGCAGAGACGGAGGGAGAGGAACGAGAGCUCACAUAUAGAAACACCUCAGUCUCAGGAUCGUCCGUGUGUGGAGCCGGUGGAGAGCGAGCGGUUCUUCAUGAAGAGGUUAAAGGAGAAGCUAAGAGAGAACCAGUUUGAUGUGACCCAGAGUGACAUUGUAGCUGAUGAUGAUGAAGAUGGAUAUGAUGAUGAGGAUGAUGAUUUACCAGACCUCUCGCUUCAUCCUGAUGAUCUGAGUCCUGAUGAUCCGCCAUUGGUACCUGCCAGCCAAGUGGACGUGCACAAAGAUACGGCCACAGACAAUAAACGGUCUGAUGGCAAAGCUGCAGAAGUGGCUGUCGUGGAUGAAGAGGCCAUUUUGAGCUUGUUGGAGAGCAGUCAGACCUUCCUGCCGAUGUCUCAGAAGUCUAACAAUUCCCUUAUUCUCGAUAACAGCCAGGAUCUGGCGAUGGUGGACUUUCUCGAGGGACUCGCAGAUCAUCGAUUUCAAAAAGACGUUCCAAUAACCGCUCCCCGUCAGGAGUUAUCAGAAAGUCUUAGGUGUCCCUACAACAGUGACGAAGAAGAGGCGGUGCCUGAGCUCGAGAAAGAGGAGGCAGAGCUAAGCAUGAUGAUGUCGCAAAGAUGGGAUACUGAUAUUCCAGAGCCAUCAGCUCGACGGCUAGUGAAGGAAACAAACGAAAGCUCCACUGAAGAAGAGCAUGAGUUGUCAGAGGAAGAGAUGGACUGGAGUGGAAACAACACCCUUUUUGCUGAUCUGUCCAUUCCCCAACUGGAUGGAGCUGCAGACGAGAACAGCGAUUCAUCGUUAUCUGAUAAAGGAUCUCGAACUCACUCGUCUCUUACUGCUAAUGAUAAGAUGUUGGGCAGGAAAAAUCGCUUCCAGAGUGAAACUGUUCACCUAGAGCCCCCAUCCUCAGCUAAAAUCCUUCUCGAGUGCAAACACCCCGAGCAUAGACAGUCCCUAUCACUUGAUAAGGAGGAACCAGCUGACAAAAGUCUUCCUGAUAAAAGUCAAGAAGCUAGUGAACCAUUAACAGGGCUCAAAGUGAAUAAAGACAUCCCUUAUAUCCCACCAGUCAAGCACCCAAUUCUGUCAAAUGUGUCCCAGAUUGGAGCUGACAGAGUGGGCGGGCACCCGCUUCACACCAUCGAGAACAAAGCCGUAGGUGUUAACCAGCCAGAUCCAGAGAGUUUGAGUUUUGGAACCUCAAAGCUCUCCCAGAGCCGCAAAAAGAAUAGUAGCAUCAAAAAUGUUGAGAAGAAUCACAUUUCCGUCUUGCAGAAUCACAGCUUUUCCUUGUGUUAUUCCGAGCUUAGGAACUGCCCCCCUAAAGCCGACCUGGAGAAAAAUGCAAAAGAGUCUAGAACCUCACCUGUGCUGAGGAAUUUUGAGCAAGCUCCGAGCCCAGUGAAGGACCUUGAGUGUCUGGUACUUCAAGAGGGUAAAAUGGAGCAGGACAGUGAAGAGGGUGAUGUUGGGGAGCUGAAGAUCAGAUACGAAGACUACCAAGAAAACAAAACAGAAAGGAAAAUAGUGGCCCAGCAGGAGGCACACUACAAAUUCUUUCCCAGUGUUAUCCUCUCAAACUGCCUCUCAAGGCCUGUGAAGAAGCAGGUUGGAAGUAAGACAAUUGACAGUGGUGGUAGCUUGGAUCAUCUGGAACAAAAAAGGUCAAGAAUGAAAUUAAGCAAGAAGAGGAACAGUCCAGCAAGUCAAAAGAGGGCAAGUCUGACAGAAAGUUCCCAAACCUCUAAAGAUGAGGUUGCUGCAGAUUUUACCUCAAUCACAUCAAUCCAGCCGAGCAAGGAAACGGAGGAGAAUGCUGAGAUGGAAACCUCUGACCUUGCAGAAUCUGAUGCUGUAGAAAAAGUUUCAGCUGAAGGUUCUGUUGAGGAAAGUCUGACAGAUCUUCCUGACAAAAUAGCUUGCACCGAAGUGUCUAGUUUACCUGGCAGCAAAUAUACCUUACGCACAAAACGUAAAAUGAUGAAUUAUGACAGUGAGGAUGGUGAUUAUUCAAGUCCGUCUUCUUUCAAACAAUCCUUGGCACAUCGAGACAGCCAUAAAGAAAACUGUUUUCUUACUAGUAGUCGAAAAAAGAGGAAGUUGUCGAAAAAAGAACCACCGGUUAUCAUCAAAUACAUUAUAAUUAACAGGUUUAAAGGUCAGAAGAACAUGUUGGUAAAGAUGGCCAGAGUCAAAGGAGAUGAGCCACAAGUGGUACUAACACCACAGAAGCUUGAGCAUUAUGAGAAACUUGCCCCUCUGAAAGACUUCUGGCCGAAGGUUCCAGAGUCGACAGCUGUCAGAUACCCUGUUCCUGAACCGAAGGUAAAGAAGCAUCCCAAACGGAAAACCAAGGUUACACCACAAUCAGCAAAACUCUGCAACCUCCCCAAAACAAGUUUUGUAAAAGGCAGCAAGAUCAGCAGGACUAAGAAGGUUAAAACGUUACCGUUAACAAAACUUCCUGCUCCUAAGCCUUGCUAUAAUGACUUCACUGAUGACUUCUGCAAGGAGUAUUCUGACGUGAUGCUGGAUUUGGGUUAUCUCUCUGAGAGAGCACCCAGUCCUACUGAUUCAACCCCACCUCGAUGCUGGUCUCCUACUGACCCCCUUUUAGAGUCAGAGUCUAAUGCUUGUUUGAUAAACCCUCACACUGAUCCUUGUCUUGGCUUGCCAUAUGAAGGAUUGUCCAGGAACCAUUAUGGCAGUAGGGGCAGGACAUCUAGACCAAGAAGGCUUUCUUCUGGUGCUAGCCCAAAAGGAAAAACUAAAACCGCUGUUAAGCCAUCUGAGGUUGCAUCUACAAUACCUGGAGACGAGCAAACAAAAAACAGCCGUAGAACUUCAAGAAAACCAAAGAAAGACGUUGAUAUUAGGGAAGGAAUUGACAAUAGCAAAUCCGCUCCUCAGAAAACCAGGAGGUCUUGCAAGAAGAACAAGACCGAGAGGUUGCAAAGGUCCUCUGUGGUUGAAGGAUCUCUAAAUAUUUCACAGUCUUUGUAUCCAGCUGAUGACCUUCCACCAACACAAACUCCAUCUGAUGAUUUGACUCCCUAUCAGCAUCCAGGUUCCUGCCAAAACAAUUUUCAGGUCAGUAAUGAUUCUCAAGCACUACCAUGUACCACUGAACCAAAGUCAGAGUUGGUCCAGUCAAACAUUGGAGAUGAACUGGUCAUCAGUGUCCCUGCUUCACUACAACAAGGUUCUCAGUCUUCUCAGAGUGCUGCUAAUCCUUCUGCUGAGAAGACCACUGGAUUUCCAUGCUCGGUCAUAAAACAUAGUAACUCCAACUCAAGUUCACUUGCUGUAAGUGAAGAUGGAACCAGUCCAUGUGAAUUUAAAACUGAGGCCUGUGGUGGAAAACAAACCUCUAAAGAUAUUCAUUAUUCACAGCCAGACCCAAAGAUGCCUGCCAAACCCAGGAGACGUCAACCCAAAAAGAAGGUAGAAAACCCUGCUGUACAAACCCCUGAGAUUACGACAUCCUUGAAUGUUUUAACACAUGGACCUCAAAAAGAUCUUGCCCAACAUCAGUCAAUGCCAAAGAAUGGAGAGACGCCAGCUCAUCCAGAGAUGCCUUCUGGCAUUGCAGUCUUGAAGGCACUGCUCCAGAAAAGACAGUUCAAGGAGGGGCAGUGUUCUCAGGGAGAUAAUGUAUUAAACAGUGUUUCUAACACUAAACAAUCUGCUGAUGUUGCAAAACCUAGAAGGACACCUUCAGUGACUCCAAGAAAGCCCAAAAUAUCAAAAACUCCACUGCCAAAAGAGUCUAAGCCAAGAAGUAGAAAAGGAAAGAAUGGCAAAACAGAAGACCGCAUUCGAUUGGAACCUCCACUUUCAGAUGGGAGCCCUGUGUUUUUGUCUGAUCCUGGUUUUGAUAGCUCCUACUCCAUUGAAGAUAGCUUAUCUCCUGAGGUUCCUCAUAAUUACAGUUUUGACAUUAAUGCUGUUGGCCAGGCCGACUUCUCUAGUUUGUAUUCCGGUAGCCAAUUUGUUUUAACAGACAAGAACUUGCCUCAGAAGUUCCUCAGUGAUAUCAAACAGGAACCAGUGUCCUCUCUGGGUUUGGAAAACAGCCAACGAAAGGUCCUAGACGUUGUGGAGAACUGCAUGCAUGAAUCAGAGAGACCGGUUAGCCCUGAGCUCUUCGAUAGAGCCUCUGGUAGAGACCGCGAAGGGUUGUCAAAUGAGUUCUCUCUGUCUCUGUUGGAUUCGGAGAAGGUUUUGAGAAACAGAAAUUGGGGCAUUUCAUUGGCUAAAAUGCAUGGCAGCCACUUUCAAGACUUUCACUGUGAGAGAAGUGACCUGUUAUUAGGUCCUGACCAUUUCUUACCCCUUACAUCUGUCUCUUUUGCCGAUAACGGCGUGUCCCCAACAGCGGAUUUGCUGGACGGUAGUGAGGUUUUUACAUCAACAACUCCCAGCAGUUCACCGCGGUCUAUCAGCUCUCUCUCACAAAUAAGGAGCAGCAGUCAGGCUCAGAAGAGUGCAGGAGUUCAUAUCCUCAAGCCCCUGAUGUCCCCUCCUAGUCGGGAGGAGAUUCUCUCUACUCUGCUGGAGCUGGAACUUUCAGAGGCCACCUAUCAAGAACCUUUUUGCAGUGACCCCUCUGAUGUACCUUUGAGGCCAAGAGAGAUUGCUGGACGCAAGCUAAUUCUGGAAACAAGGUUAACAAAAGAUCUGGUUGAGUUUGUUGGUGGUUUAACACAAGAAGGUCUGCAAUUCUGGAAAACUGCAUUCGCUGCCAUGACACAUCCGGGGUCUUCACCGUCCUGUGGCACUAACUCGUCAAACUUGACCAAAGACAAAAAGGAACGGAGCAGUCCGUCCCCUACUAGUGAUCAGAAGGUCAUUCUACUGCCUUGCAAAAGUGCUCCAAGCCGGGAACGAGUACAGCUAUGGCUGCAAGCUAAGAGACAAUUUGAGUGCCUUCAAAGAGAUCGGAAAAAAAGACUUGGUGCGCAGAAUGUGAUGUCGGCUCAGGACGACAAUAAAUCACCACGCCGUGAGAAGUCAGAAAGCGUUUUGCCUCUCUCUCAGAAGCAGGAUGAGGCGUCUGAAAAGGCUUCAGCGUUACAGACAUUCAGGAAGAACGAGUUAAUUUUGCCUCUCAGUAUAUCUCCAAUAGAAGCAGGCACCUCUAACAGUAGUCCAAAGGAGACGAAAUGUGCCGUGGAGGCUGAAAUCAGAGAGCAAGAGGAGAGAGAGGGCAACUCCUUCAAACAGACUCCAUCUCCAGACCCUUCCUGUCUGCCACCAUGGCAGCAAACUUCAGAAAACGUAGAUCUGGACAAGAAGAAGCAGGAAUUGGGUGUCGGAUUAACGUCCCCCAAGCUAGGCAGCUCCGUCGAUCCUCUCUCGCCAGAAAGCAUUAAACCAAAGCACUUUCUCAGUCCGUCUCCAUUUCCUCUAAAGGACCACGGCAGUUCAAGUCCCUCCCUCCUCCACAGCACCCCCAUCCUCAGCAAGAGGAGAAGCAAAGGAGUCUGUGAGCUUGACUGCAGUCCUGGAUCAGAAGAUGUGGAGCUAAAGUCUCAGAGACUCCAGCAAAGACGAAACGGUAACAUGAGUGCGUUACGUAGAGUGCUGCUCACUACACAAAUGAAGGUCUGGUCAAAAAGUAUAAAUAUAUCAAGAUACACGUUCUCUAUAAAACCCAACACAGAGACACACGUUCCCUAUAAAACCCAACACAGAUACACGUUCGCUAUAAAACCCAACACAGAGAUACACGUUCUCUAUAAAACCCAACAACACAGAGAUACACGUUCUCUAUAA